CCUAAACACAGAGAGAAGCAGAAGAGAGAAAUGAGAAAACCUCAGACAGUGUCAACUCUCUCUCUCUCUCUCCCACGACACGUGGACGUACAGGAUCAAAUUUCGAAGUUACUCAUUAGAUGCUCUGUUUUCCUUUUUGUUUUUGUUACUGCCAAAGCCGAUAUUCACUUUCAAAUUUUAUUUUUCAUUUUUGUUUUUUUUGCUUGACCCUUUUGACUCUAUAUCACAUCCUUUUUUCUCUUUUUUAUCUUAUUGUCUUCUUUUAUCUCUUAUAAUUUUCUCCCCCAUUCUCUUUUCCCAAUCUCUCUCUCUCUCUCUCUCUCUCUCUCUCCGUGUCUCUGAGGAGCCCUAGGAGGUGAAUCUUGCGAGUUCACCAAGCCGAGUGUCUCCGCUAAUCGGCAGCAGAAUAGACUAAGUGUGUUCAACCAUGGCGGCUUCAAGGAAAGCCUUGUGUUUCGCCGUCUGUGUGUCUCUAACCGUAACUCUUCUUCCGUUGGUCUAUGGCAACUCCGAAGGAGACGCCCUCUACACGCUUCGCCGGAGCUUGUCGGAUCCGGAUAAUGUCCUUCAGAGCUGGGAUCCGACCCUUGUUAACCCCUGCACUUGGUUCCACAUCACCUGCAACCAGGAUAAUCGCGUUACCCGAGUGGAUUUGGGAAAUUCAAACUUGUCUGGACAUCUGGUACCUGAACUUGGAAAGCUUGAGCAUCUUCAAUAUUUGGAACUUUACAAAAACAAUAUUCAAGGAACUAUUCCAUCCGAGCUUGGUAACCUGAAGAGCCUCAUCAGCUUGGACUUGUAUAAUAACAACAUCUCUGGUGUUAUUCCUCCCUCAUUGGGAAAAUUGAAAUCUCUAGUUUUUUUGCGGCUCAAUGACAACGGGUUAAGUGGACCAAUUCCGAAGGAGCUUGUUGGUAUAUCAAGCCUCAAAGUUGUGGAUGUCUCAAACAAUAAUUUGUGUGGAACAAUUCCUACCAGUGGACCAUUUGAGCAUAUCCCUCUGAGCAACUUUGAAAAUAACCCUAGACUUGAGGGUCCAGAGUUAUUGGGACUCGCAAGUUAUGACACAAACUGCUCAUGAAGGAGACUGAAGCUGCAAAAUAUUGACACUACUUUGGACUAGAUUGUACUCUAAAAAUUAAAAACGUAUUACCAAAUCUUAAUGGGGUCACAGAUAAUUGUUAUCCCUCAUAUAAGCAUAUGUAAAAAGAAAACUAACGAUACUAAAAUGCCAAAUGCAUUUGUAGCUGCAUUAUUGUUCUCUUUUCCUUAGUCUCUAAGACAUUAAAUUUGUAUUGAUGCUAUACUACCAAGACUACUUACUGUGUAUGUCCUUUAAUUGAUUUGCUUGUGCCUAAUAGAUCUUUUGGUAUACAAUCCAUGUUGGGUUUCAUUUCCUA